AGUCUACUCGAGAUCCAGUAGUGUCCAAAGUGAUUUCCUUUAUUAAGGUUUAGGCUAUUGAGUAAUGCUAGGGAAUUCAAAACUUAUUAUACAUCGAGAUGGGGUUUUCUAGCUAUAAGAAAUCGGUGGAAAAUGGCGAUAAAGUUAUUUUAUAUUUCAGUCCAUCUCAUAUUGCGCCACUAAAAAUAAAUUUAGGACAAACAUUGCAGACGGCGUACGGUGCUAUAAAACACGGCGAUCUCAUUGGCAAAAACUAUGGUACUAAAAUUAACUGUCCUAAAGGAUGGAUAUAUUUGCUACAUCCAACAUCAGAACUUUGGACACAAGCUGUGCCUCACAGAACACAGAUUUUAUAUUCAACAGAUAUUAGCAUGAUAGUGUUUCAACUUGAACUAACAGCUGGUUCAGUUGUAGUAGAAGCUGGUACUGGAAGCGGAUCUUUAUCACAUGCUAUUAUAAGAAGUGUCAUGCCAACUGGUCAUUUGUUCACAUUUGAGUUUCACAAAGAUCGAUUUGAGAAAGCUGGUCAAGAGUUUGUAGAACAUGGUUUGUCAGAUAAUGUGACAAUAACUCAUCGAGAUGUGUGUAAUGAUGGCUUCCAACUAAAUCAUGUUGCUGAUGCUGUUUUUCUAGAUCUACCUUCACCUUGGAGUUGUAUUGAAUCAGCUAAACAGGCCAUUAAACUACAAGGUGGAAGAAUAUGUUCUUUUUCUCCAUGUAUAGAACAAGUAAGCCAAACUUGUGCCACUUUAACUGAAAAAGGAUUCCAAGACAUCAAAAUUUUAGAAUGCCUGUUGAGAAAAUUCCAUGUUAAGCAUACUGGCUUGCCUAAAGCUAGCUUGGGGGAAUUAACUGAAUUAGAAAAAAUGCAGAAAGUUAAAAUAGAUAGAAAAAAACCAAUAGAAAUGGGAACAAAUGAUGAUAUGGUUGAAACUGGUGAAAGUGUUGCUAAAAAGCCAUGUCUUGAAAAUACAAAUAAUUCUGGUAAAAACAAUAAAGACAAAAAGAAAGGACAAGAUUGUUAUGAAUUUGUGACAGCCUCCCCUGUUCAAGACAUGCAGGGACAUACUGGAUUUUUAACUUUUGCAACACUGUAUGGGCAAUAAAUUUACAAGAAUAAAUUAUCUGUCAAAUUAUAAUGUUAAUUUUGUGAAAUUAAAGAUGUUACCAAUGCCAUAAUGAAAACAUUAAGUCGUUCAUGGAAAUAUGUUUAUAUAUGUUCCUAAAAAUUGAUGUUUAGACUUUAUUGUUUUGAAAUUGUGUUGUUACAACUACUGUUUAAUGGUUUGUUUGAAAUACAUGAAGAUUCUGUGAAUUGUGUAUCCAUAAUAUUUUAUAUUUCUUCCAUUCCAAGCUAGUAUUUAAAAGUCGAAUUUUGAAUAAUUUAUUAGUACACCUCACUCCUUAAAGUUACAAUUUCAUAUUUUUAAGUUAUAUUUUUAAAAUGUAUUAAAAUAAAGCCUUAAAAUAGAUGGUAUCUAAAAACAAUCCUACCUUGUUAAAGAAUAAUCCUAUUAAUCACUAUUGCCAGUUGAGAAAUUGGCAAAAAUAUCAUUUUCAACUUCAAAUUCAAACUUUGAAGAUAGCUAUUCAAUGGUGUGGAAUAGUAAAACAAGGGAGGUAAUUGUGUUAUUAUUUCCGUUGUGAAGAUUUUUAAGUGUGAGAAAGAUAACCUAUGAUCGUAUAAUAGUGAGUUGACAACCUAUUGAGCAAAAGACAUAGAAAUAAUUAUGUUUUGACUUUUUUAGAAAAUAUGAAAUUGUAACUUUAAAUUGUUUCAAUGGCAUUUAGUAAUUGAUCUGGAAGAUACAGGUCACAAUUCUAUGGAAUAGGUUUCUCUAGUCAUUAUCAAGCAAUGAUAAAAUAUGAAAAUAUAACAAGACAAUAUAUACAUGUACACAACAAUACUUAGUUAAUGCUGACCAACACGAGAUAUCCUUUCUUAUUAAAGUGUGAAAAGUCCGAAAUGACCAAAGUUGUCGGUUUUUUUUAAAUAUUGCCGAAAUAUUUACAAUAAUCAACAUAUUUUCACAUUUGAUAGAUUUUGACAUAGCCGGAGACAGGGCAAAUAGCUACGGAACUUUAGAUUUUGAUUUUCGAGGAAUCUUCUCUGACAUGAGGUGCGAAAUUUUGAAAAUUUAAAUUUUUACAAAAAUCUUUUUUAUUUAUAAAUAUGUUUUGAUUUUUACACAGGAUUAAAGAAAGGGUCCUCUGACUUGAGCAAAAAUGUGAAAAAAAAAAUUUCUCAAUAAUUUUCGUUAGCUGCCAUUGGCUAAUUCAGGUUUUGGGUCCUACAUUAAUUAUUUAUUGUUCGAUUUGUAUAAAACAAAGUUCAUAUGCUCCGUUUUCCAAAAUGUCUUUUUUUUGUUACUUUUGAAGUUUCCUGUCGGCACUGGAAGUGAUAUCAUUUUACCAAAUACUACAAUUUCGACAGUUUGGUACCACUUUUUGAAAGCGAAAAUUAUUUUUUCAAAUAUGGUAUAACUGAAUAACUGAAAGAGAGUGCCCUUUAGGGGAGCACAAAACAUCGGGCUCACUUUUUUUUUUUUUUUUUCGUUUUCGGGCUACUUCGACUAAAGGAUGAAAAAAGGUGUAAAAUUAAGCUAUUUACAAACCCAUUCAGCGUCUUCAUAUUUUAAAUUAUUUCUUCAUAACUUUCAUAAACUCAUAGCAAUAAUCCAUAAUAAGAGAACGUAUGUGAAAAUUAAUUUGUAAUAUGCACAGUUACCGAGAUAUAGGCAAUUUUGCAUGUGUCAUUUUUCACAUUUUUUUGCCUGUAAAAGAGUCAAUUAUCAUUCGUCUUUUGGACAAAAACUGUAUUUUAGCCUUCAAAACAGAUAUUUUAUUCAAAUUAUUCAAAUGAUUUUUGAUUCCAAUCACCAAAUAGAAUGAACCCAUACGAUCAUACAGAUACCACAAAAUGGUUUCUAACUUGUACGGUUGCAGAGAAUACAUGUAGAAGAUUUUCUACAAGUCACUUUUCAAGGUUUUUGAUCUAUAAAAGUGUCAAUUAUUAUUCGAUUCUCAUAAAAGUUUCACCAUUUCCGUUAAAUGCGUAAAUAAGUCGAUUUUGAUUGUUUAAUUUUUGUUAAUGAAGUUGAUUCUUUUAAACUUCGUUUUUAUUUUUGAACUCUACUUGGUGUAGGUGUUCAUCAGGUAAUACCUCGACUGAGUUCAAUAUAGAGAUUAGCCGGUUGAUUUGUUGGAUAUAAACCUUUGAAUAAUAGCGCCUAACAGGCAGCUGUGUUUAAUUAUGUUCUCCUGAUUUUGAUUGUUUCUGUGUGUUUGAAGUAUAUGUUUGUGAUAUGCGCUUAGAAACACUUCACGUGUAAUGAAGCGCUAUAUAAAUCGAACAAUAAUAAUAAUAAUAAUAAUAAUAAUAAUGAGCAAAAUUGACUUUUUUACUUUCAGCGAGUGUUAAGGCGUUUUCAACACAUGAAGUGGCUGAUUAUAGCUAUUUCGUCAAAAUUAAAAUAUCAGUCUGGUUAAGCAAGUCGUGCUGGCAAUUAAGUUUCGUUCAAAUUAUACACUUGAAUAAUUUUAUGCGGAAAAAAACAUAUUAAUAUAUAUAUAUAGGCCUAUAUACUCCGUAAUAUGCGAUUUGUGAUAAUAUUACUGUAUAAGAAUGGCGAUUUGUGCACACUGCAUACAUUGAUCAGCACAUUUUCAAUGUAUAUUAAUAUUUGCUAUUAAAAUCUUUGUAAUGUUAUUUCACCAAAUUCAAGUCGCACGAUCGACGAAAGCAAUAUUGAGAUCAAAAUCCACCAUACCAAGUAUAUAAGUCAAAAGUAAAGAAUGGUUGUUUUUUUUUCAGGGUUUCCCGUGAAGCAUGACAGCAAUGAAAUCCGAUCAGUUGACCGAGAAAACACCACAUUUAAAGUAGCCAAGUCUCUAACUCAAUAUCAGAGGGGUGUGGGGGGAAGGUUGGAUGGCCGAAUGGUUAGCACGUGCGCUCUGUAUCAUAAGACCUGUCAUUGAGUCAACUGGCAUGGUUUCGAAUUCCCGGUUGUAUGUGACAAGGAGUAGGGUCGUCUGUCCAACCUCGUGGGUUUUCUCCGGGUCCUCUGGUUUCCUCCCACUGCUAAAGACCCCUACACACAAGCGAAUUAUUGAAAUAAAAUCAAACCAUGUGUUAGUCCCGAAAUGACCGAGUUUGUGUAGAGUGGAUGUUAAACCCCAUUUCUCUCUCUCUCAAUAUCCACAUUUAAAUCAACAUUGAUGUUGUGAUCAUAAUGGGAAAAGAUGGACUUACUUCUGAUAUCCAAUAUUUAAGACAAAAGCGUUUCAGCACCAUUUGUAACACGGGACUCGAAGAACGAGGCUAGACAUAUUCCACCAGUCAUGUCAAACGGUGACGCCAUAUUCUUAUUUUGAGAGCAUCGCAAUAAAUACUAUCGGUGUAGACUGGACUAACCAAACCCUAGAGAUUGCCAUUUGAUUGAGAUUUCUGGCGUAUUUCGCCAAACAUAACUGAUUUAAAAUGAGGAUAAAAAUGGAAACAAUUGAAUGUAAAUCAGUUUAUAUACAUUCAUAUUACAUUAUUAUAUACGUUGCGACCCAUUUGUGUUAAUUUCUAGAUCCCAAAUAUUAGCGACUUAGCUCUUUUAAAGUAAAUCAUAAACGUAGGCCUUCUAGUGUUUGUAACACUAUUCCUAGUGCUAUGAAGUCGCUGGUUAGAUGUGGAAAAUACGCAGAGACAACUCCCCACAUCCAACGUGUGACACAUACUCUCUUUUCUCUGCUACAUAUUUUAGAACAGCCCUUUUGAUCGUCUAGUAUUUUCACUUGUCGUCUUUGCUUUUGCUUCCCCUUCACGUUGUGUAUUUACUUCGUACUGUUUUCUUAAGACGUUUGUCUUCUCAGUAGUUAUAACAAUGCAACAGUUCAUUUUUUAAAUUUAUAUAUCAUAGCCAGAUACAUGGAUACAAGCAUAGUAUAGAUUACAAUACUAAAGUCAUUCUCAAACACUAGCCAGCCAGAUGUGCUGGGGCGUGUCUGCUGAUAGAAAUUGCUUCAUCUUUUCUCUUCCAGAAUCUGUCUGCUGUCUAGGAACUCAGAUGGUAAUCUCUCCGGAAUCUAAUGAAAUCUGACAUAAAAGUUUGCCACGAUUUCUUUUAUAGGACCUAUAAACAUCACGCACAAAC